AUAGCGGCUAGUGUCAUACGAAUGAUACAAAAGUCACUGAAACCAGAAACCUUCAAAGAAGCUAUGUACCUGUAUUUGGACCGACAUAAAUACCGUACUGCAACUCCAAACGAUCUUUGGAAAGCCUUCGAUGAUGCGAUGAUGAAAACAAACGAUUUAAACCCCUGGUUGAAUAUGUCAAAUUUCAUGUCUGGUUGGACUAAUACAAGAGGAUAUCCGGUUGUCUCUGCGAAGUCAGAAGAACAUGCUAUAAUAUUGUCACAGAAAAAUUUCUUUACGCCAGAAAUUUUCGAGGAAUUCUGGAUACCCAUUACGAUGACAACCGCUUCUAAACUGAAUUUUUCGGUUACUACGGCCGAUAUUUGGUUACAAGGAUUUCCAAUAACCAUUCCAUACAAUUCUCAGGAAGAAUGGUUUAUUUUGAAUAUUCAGCAGAGUGGUUACUAUCGAGUGAAUUAUGAUAGUAAAUCAUGGAAUCGUCUGAUCAAUGCCUUAAAGAGCGCUAAUCAUACACUGAUACAUGUGACCAAUCGGGCUCAAAUUAUCGAUGAUCUCUUGAAUCUGGCACGAGCUGAUUGGAUCACCUAUGGCCUCGCGUUGAAUGGGACAACCUAUCUGCUAAAAGAACAAGAUUACAUACCUUGGAAGGCAUUUUUCAGUGGAAUGAAUUUCCUUCUGCAACGAUAUCAAGGAAAUCAUGGAGAAAGUAUGCUGAAAGAGUACAUUAGGCUAUUGGCAGCUGGCAGAUUUGAAAAGCUCGACUUCGAAGACAAUAAUGAAGAAGAAUUCCGCAUGGAUCAGUUGAACAAAGAUUUGAUCCUAUCUUGGAUGUGUAAACUGAAUCAUACAGAGUGUGUGGAUAAGUCUAUCCACCUUUUCGCCAAGUGGCGCGGAAAUGAUACAUAUACAAUUUCACCAAAUGCCAGGACAGCUGUUUAUUGUACUGCCAUAAGAAGUGGAUCUCUAGCAGAGUGGGAAUUCCUAUGGGAUCAAUAUUUGAAGACAGACUUUGCUUCGGAGAAGAAAGUCAUAUUAGAGGCACUAGGCUGCUCCAUGGACAAAGAAGUAUUGAACUCGUAAGUUUAAAGAAUAUUAUAUAAACAAUUAUUACACAGGAAA